AUGAAGCCUGAUGAUGACUCUAUAGAUGGAAAAUCUGAUACUUUGGGUGACAUUGUAGUAGUCAUCAUUGGCAGUGAACCAACUAGAAGAAUAUUUGGAAAAAUACUUGGCAUUAUAGAUAUUAAGGUCCCAAUAUGCGAUAAGUAUGAUGAUCUAGAUGAAUAA